AUGGCGUCAAGCACAAAGACUGUGGAAGAAUCAGGGAGAAUAGUUAACGAUCGUUACUUUCUAGGUUGCCGCAAAGACGCGAAUUGCAUCUGCGAGAUUUGUUUCGGCAGCAUCAACGCAACGCUUGAUCUCAUGUCUCCGACCGUACGGAAAAGCUACCUCACUAGGGUCUCUCAGCAAAAGUCCGUCGCUCACCCAAUCUCGCCGACGACGAAGAAGAACGAGAGAAGAUCUGGGAUUGGUUGUUUUCUGAAACCGGUUAUGAUACUCGGUUUGGCACUGGUUUUGGGAUUUUGGAUGCUUGAAGGAAACUUAAAACCUCAAUCCACGAAGGAGAUGGUGAGAUUCGUUGGUGUAAGAUCUCAGGCUGUUCUUGAAUUGGGACUUUUCAAGGAUGGUCCAGUGUUGAUCUCAAACUCAAAGUGUGUUGUGUACAAAUCCGGCAUGGAAGAGAUGAAGUGGUCACAAGAAGGGAAAUUUAGGUACUCGAGACUUGCUGCUGAAGCAAAUGGAACACAUCGUUUUUGCAGCUAG